UCUGGGCCUUGGGCACGUGCAGCUGGGCUUCUAUCCUCUCUCCGAGCCUAGAAGCCAAAGGCCAUGGGGAGGGUAUGCGCAUGCGUGUGGUGCGACUGAGGACCGGAAGAGCGGCAGGGCGCUUGGAGAGCUGGGAUCACGGUGGAAAAGAAGCCAUUGCGCCCCACAGCCACGUGCGGCAGGAAGGGAGUGGGGUUCGUUGGGGCAGGAGAGGGAUACCAUGGACCCCCAGGGUCCAGCCCCUCAGCCUUUCCAGCGGCCUGAGAAACCUGGUCGUGUCCGCCGUCAGAAGACCAGGCGAGAACGGAACAAGGCCCUGGUGGGCAGUCUCCGGCCACUGGCCCGUCAGAAUCCUUCUGUGACCAGUCGGGAUCCUGUGGCCCCUAUUGCCCCCAAGUGUGUGGUCAUAACACAAGGCCGGCUGAGCCGGGAGCACCGGGGUCUCUUCAACCAUGAGGUGAAAUCCCUGGAUGUGGCACGGCUGCUUAACAGUGGGGCCCUGGAGCCAGACACUACCCCAUUCCCCACCAAGCUCUCCCCAAGCCCAGGCAAGGUACAAGAACCAGCCCUACAGUCGAGGGGCAAGGAGAAUCAGAUACCUGGAGGCUCAGGCCCAGGGCCACCCAGAACCCUAGAGCCACCUGGUGUGGGGCAGCUGUUGAGGGAGCUGCAAUGCCAGCUGAAUCUGCCACAGGCCUUCCCUAGGAGGAACCUGGUGCAAGAGGCCAGGGAUGCCAUUGUGGGCACCUUACAGGCCUGCCAUGGCUGUGUGCCCAACCUUUCCCUGGUGCUCCAGGACUGCCAGCUUCCCUUGCCAGGGGCCAAGCCUGAGAGGCGAAGGAUGACACCCUCCCGGACUAACAGCUCUGAGGAAGCCCCAGGGGAGGGGAGGCAGAAGAGGCCACAGGGGACAAAGGAGCUCACCUUCACCAUGCCUCACACCUCCAGCACUCCCACUACGCAUAGGGUGAACCUGGCACCACCAAGAGGUCCCUGGCCACCCCCCUUGUUCUCAUUGCCUUCGCCAUCUGGUGCAGCCUUGGGCCCCCCAACAGCCUUUGACCUACUGAAAAGCAUCUGGCUGGUAGCCACACCACCCACUCCCCGGCCCUGGGGGGUUGGCCCAUCUCAGCCCCUGCGUCAUCCACCAUCACCCUUGUUGCCCCGAACUUCUGCUCUGGACUGGAGCCCCGGCCCCCCUGCUCCACUUCCCAGCCUUUCCUGGGUGGUGGGCCAGAAUAGUCCAGAAGCAUGGUCCUUUCCACCCAUGAGAUUGUACUGAGGGGGCUAGGGCUGGGCGCAGGUAUAUUUUACUCCCAGUCACCUCAAUAAAGUACC